AUGGCAAAGGAGGAAGAAGAUGAGAAGAAAGCCAAGAAAGGGAAGAAGGGGAAGAAGGCGCCGGAGCCGGAGAAGCCCAAACGGAGCUUGAAGGGGACGUCGCGGCUGUUCAUGGGCUUCCGCGACCGCACGCCCAAGAUCUCCAAGAAGGGCCAAUUCCGCAGCGCGUCGGCCUUCUUCUGGGGCCUCCACAAGGGCCCUCAGAAGACCAAACGCAAGAAGAAGGCGCGCACCGUGCUCAAGUCGACGUCGAAGCUCAUGACACAGAUGCGCAUGGGCAAGAAGAAGCGCGCGAUGAAGGGCAAGAAGCCAUCCUUCAUGGUGAUCCGCUUCCCCGGGAGGCGCGGCUACGGCCGCCUACGGCCGCGCGCCCAGUCGCUCAGCAAGGCGUCCACAGCCAUCAACUGGCUCACCAAGAAGUUCCUCAUCAAGAAGGCCGAGGAGUCCGGCAGCGAGCAGGCCACGCUGGACGCCUGGCUGAACCGCUCCGGCUCCCGCACGGGCUCCCGCAAGCUGCCCUUCCCGUCGGGCGCCGAGAUCCUGCGGCACGGAGGCCGCCUCCGGAGGUUCCCCCGCAGCCGCAGCAUCUACGCGUCGGGCGAGCCCGUGGGCUUCCUGCCCUUUGAGGACGAGGCCCCGUUCCGGCCCUCGGGCUCCCGCAAGUCGCUGUACGGGCUCGAGGGCUUCCAAGACCUGGGCGAGUAUUAUGACUACCACCGCGAGGGCGACGACUACUACGACCAGCAGUCGCUCUACCAGUACGCGGAGGAGCAGGGGCCCUACCUGGCCGGCCAUGACCCCUACGGCCCGGCCUGGCCGCCCUACGGAGACCACCCCUACGGGUACCCACCCGAGGACACCUACGGCUACUACCACCCGGACUAUUAUGGGGGCUCCUACCACCCCACAUACACCUAUGGCUACGGCUACGACGAUUACGAGCCCCCCUACGCGCCCCCGUCGGGGUACGCAUCUCCCUACAGCUACUACGACAGCUCAGAGAGCGAGACGUACCCGCACGGCUACUACCUGGAUCCUUACGCACCUUAUGAGGCGCCAUACCCGCCCUAUGACCUCGCCUAUGACCUGCCGUACGACGGACCCUACUUCAAUCCCUACCGGGUGCCCUAUGGCGCCCCUUAUGGCGCCCCCUACGCCGAAGGCAUCUAUGGUGAUGGGGACCAGGCCAUCUACCCCCCCGCAGAGCCCUAUCUUUACCCGGAGGAGUCGGCCUUCGCGUACCCGUGGCUGCCGCCGCCCAUCCUGUCGCCCCACAACCCUUACGCCCACCCCAUGGAUGACAUCGCGGAGCUGGAGGAGCCGGAGGAGGCGGGCGGGGAGCGGCCGAGCACCUCCUUCCGCCUGCCCAGCGCCGCCUUCUUCGAGCAGCAAGGCAUGGACAAGCCUGCCAGGUCCAAGCUGUCCCUCAUCCGCAGGUUCCGCCUCUUCCCGCGGCCCCAGGUGAAGCUGUUUGGGAAGGAGAAGUUGGAGGUGCCCCUGCCCCCCUCCCUGGACAUCCCUCUGCCUUUGGGGGAUGCCGAUGAAGACGAGGAAGAGGAGGAGGUGCCCCCGGUGCCAUACGCUCACCCCUUCUGGGGCUUCCUCACCCCGCGCCAGCGCAACCUCCAGCGCGCCCUGUCGGCCUUCGGUGCCCACCGGGGCCUGGGCUUCAGCCCCGAGCUGGGCCGCCCCCCGCCUCGCCCGGCCACCUCGCUGGCGCGGUUCCUCAAAAAGACGCUGUCGGAGAAGAAGCCCCCCUCGCGGCUCAGGGCCAGCCAGAAGGCCCGGCUGGGAGGCCCAGCGGUCAGGGAGGCGGCCUACAAGCGCUUCGGCUACAAGCUGGCCGGCAUGGACGCGGAGCGGCCCGGCACGCCCAUCGUGCUGCGGCGGGCCCAGGCGCGGGCUCGCAACAACAACAACUCCCACCGCGCGCCCGCGCCCGCGCCGCCCUCCCGCUGGGGCGCGCUCGGCUCCCCGCCGGCCCCCCGCCGGCCCCCCAGCCCCGGCCCGCCGCCCGCCCCGGCCUUCGCCCCGGCCCUCUCGGGCCUGCCCCGGCCCGCCUCGCCCUACGGCUCCCUGCGCCGGCAUCCGCCGCCCUGGGCCGCCCCCGCUCACGUGCCCCACAUCCCCCAGGCAAGUUGGUGGGCCUUCGUGGAGCCCCCUCCGGGCAGCUCCGAGGCCCCCCCCGACCUAAUGCCCUUCCCCGGCCCCCGGCCCUCCUUCAGGGGCUCCCGCGGGCGAGGGGCGGCCUUCGGCUUCCCGGGGCCGUCCCCGCGGGCGUCGCGGAGGAGGGCCUGGCCGCCCCUGCCCUCGCCCCAGCCCUCGCUCAGGAGCCUGCCCGGCCCGGGCUACCGCUCGCCCGUGGCGCCCGCGUCCCCCCAGCCGUCCGUCCGCGCCGCCCUCUUCCAGCCGCCCUUCUCGCCGCCGCCCCGCCGUCCCCGCUCGUGGCGGGAGCCCGCGUCCCCGCGCCGCGCCUCUGGGCGCCUGGGCCCCCAGCGCUCGCCCGCCCUGGGCGCCCCGCGGCCGCCCUCGCCGCCCCCUCUGCUGGGCUACAGCCCGCGGCGCCGCUCCCUCCACCUGCCCUCGUGCCUCCCGCACAUGUGGCGCCGCCUCAGCGAACCGCCCACCGGGGCCGUGAAGCCCAGGGUGCGCCAGCCCUUCCACCGGCCUCCCAGCGCAGGGUCUUGGUCAGCCGCUGCGGCAGCCCCUGAGCUCCGGGAGAGCCCGCGGGAGCCCGAGGACUCGGAGACGCCCUGGAUGGUGCCCCCGCUGGCCCCCAGCUGGGACGUGGACAUGCCUCCCACCCAGCGCCCACCCUCGCCCUGGCCAGGAGGGGUGGGCAGUCGGUGCAGCUUUUCCAGCCCACACGCUGUACCCAAAAACCCCUUCCUCCAGCACGUGGGACCUGAGCCCUCCCUUGCCCCCCAGCUGGAGGGCCCAGCCUCUGACUCAACCAGUAUCUUCCUGGGUAGACACUGCGACCCUGGGUCUGGACAGCUGGCCAAAUCGGCUGGCCCGCCCCCUAACAAGCCUGGAGAAGAGGCCACCCCCCGGGACUCCCAGCCGCCAGCAGAGACUGAGCCCUUGACCUUGACACCCUCCAAGGAUUCCUCUCCAGAGCAGAAGACACUAAGGCUUAGUCUCUCCCACCCACUGGCCGCUUGUGACAGGAAGAGGGCCACGUGGCCACCAUGGCGCCGCUGGGGUACACUGCCCAGCAUCCCAGCCCCCUUGGUGUCCACUGGGGCCUCAGGGCCCCUGCCCAAGGUGGGUGAGCGGUGCCAGGCAGGCCCUGGGCGUUUUGCCGUGGUCAUGCCUCAGGUUCAAAAGCUGAGCUCUUUCCAGCGACUUGGUCUUGCCACCAUGCAGCCCCCCAGCAAGCCAGCCCAGGACCCAGAGCCCCGCCCCAAACCAAGAGCCUGGAGUCUGCUCUGGUCACACCUCUGGCUGCCAGUGGAGGCCCACCAACCCUGGCCACGGGUACACACCCGCCACCUGUCCUGCUGUUCCCCUGGCCCUGGAGCUGCCUACCUGCCCCAUGGGGGCCCCUGGGAAGAGGUUGGCCCCAAAAGCUGGUGGAAAAAGAUGCACUCCAUCCGCAACCUGCCGUCCUCGAGGUUCCGAGAGCAGCACCGGGAGGAUGGCGUGGAGGACAUGACACAGCUGGAAGACCUCCAAGAGACAACCUUGCUGUCCAACCUCAAGACGAGAUUUGAACGGAACCUCAUCUACACAUAUAUCGGCAGCAUCCUGGUGUCAGUGAACCCAUACCGAAUGUUUGGAAUCUACGGGCCGGAACAGGUGCAGCAGUACAGUGGGCGGGCCCUGGGAGAGAAUCCCCCGCACCUCUUUGCAAUUGCAAAUCUCGCCUUCGCCAAAAUGCUUGAUGCCACACAGGACCAGUGCAUAAUCAUCAGUGGAGAGAGCGGCUCUGGAAAAACUGAGGCCACAAAGCUGAUUCUGCGCUACCUGGCCGCCAUGAACCCAAAACGGGGUGUCAUGCAGCAGAUAAAGAUCCUAGAGGCAACACCCCUCUUGGAGUCCUUCGGUAACGCCAAAACCGUCAGGAAUGACAACUCCAGCCGCUUUGGGAAGUUCGUGGAGAUCUUUCUGGAAGGGGGCGUGAUCUCUGGUGCCAUAACCUCCCAGUACCUGCUAGAGAAAUCCAGGAUUGUGUUUCAGGCCAAAAACGAGAGGAACUACCACAUCUUCUAUGAGCUGCUGGCCGGACUGCCUGCCCAGCUCCGGCGGGCCUUCUGCCUGCAGGAGGCUGAGACCUACUAUUACCUGAACCAGGGUGGGAACUGUGAGAUCUCGGGGAAGAGCGACGCAGAUGACUUCCGCCGGCUCCUGGCUGCCAUGGAGGUCCUGGGCUUCAGCAGUGAGGACCAGGACAGCAUCUUUCGCAUCCUGGCCUCCAUCCUGCACCUGGGCAAUGUCUACUUUGAGAAGUAUGAGACGGAUGCACAGGAGGUGGCCUCGGUGGUGAGCGCCCGGGAGAUCCAGGCCGUGGCAGAGCUGCUGCAGGUCUCCCCUGAGGGCCUGCAGAAGGCCAUCACCUUCAGAGUGACCGAGACCAUGCAAGAGAAGAUAUUCACCCCGCUGACCGUGGAGAGCGCUGUGGAUGCCAGGGACGCCAUCGCCAAGGUCUUGUAUGCACUGCUGUUCAGCUGGCUCAUCGCCAGGGUCAACGUGCUGGUGUCCCCACAGCAGGACGCGCUGUCCAUCGCCAUCCUGGACAUCUACGGCUUUGAGGACCUGAGCUUCAACAGCUUCGAGCAGCUGUGCAUCAACUACGCCAAUGAGAACCUUCAGUACCUUUUCAACAAGAUCGUCUUCCAGGAGGAGCAGGAGGAGUACAUCCGGGAGCAGAUCGACUGGCAGGAGAUCGCCUUUGCCGACAAUCAGCCCUGCAUCAACCUCAUCUCACUGAAGCCCCACGGCAUCCUGCGCAUCCUCGACGACCAGUGUUGCUUUCCCCAGGCCACAGACCACACAUUUCUGCAGAAGUGCCAUUACCACCACGGCGCCCACCCCCUCUACUCUAAACCCAAGAUGCCGCUGCCCGAGUUCACCAUCAGGCACUACGCGGGCAAGGUCACCUACCAGGUGCACAAGUUCCUGGACAAGAACCACGACCAGGUGCGCCAGGACGUGCUGGACCUGUUCAUGCGGAGCCGGACACGGGUGGUGGCACACCUCUUCUCCAGCCACGCCCCGCAGGCUGCCCCACAGCGCCUGGGCAAGAGCAGCUCCGUCAGCCGGCUACACAAGGCACACACAGUGGCCGCCAAGUUCCAGCAGUCGCUCCUGGAUCUGGUGGAAAAAAUGGAGAGGUGUAACCCCUUGUUCGUGCGUUGCCUGAAGCCCAACCACAAGAAGGAGCCAGGCCUCUUUGAGCCAGAUGUGGUAAUGGCACAGUUACGCUAUUCGGGGGUGCUGGAGACUGUGCGGAUCCGCAAGGAGGGCUUUCCGGUGCGGCUGCCCUUCCAGGUGUUCAUUGACAGGUACCGCUGUCUAGUGGCCCUCAAGCACAGCCUGCCAGCCAGUGGGGACGCAUGUGUGUCAGUGCUGAGCCGCCUGUGCACCGUCACACCGAACAUGUACCGUGUCGGCAUCAGCAAGCUGUUCCUCAAGGAGCACCUGCACCAGCUGCUGGAGAGCAUGCGGGCGCGGGUCCUCAACCUGGCAGCCCUCACGCUGCAGCGCCGGCUCCGUGGCUUCCUCAUCCAGCGGCGUUUCCGCUCCCUGCGCCGCAAAGUCGUCCUGCUGCAGAGCCGGGCCCGUGGCUACCUGGCCAGGCAACGAUAUCAGCAGAUGAGAAGGAGGCUGGUAAAGUUCCGGUCCCUGGUGCACACGUACAUGAGCCACCGGCGUUACCUCAAGCUGAGGGCAGAGCAGAGGCUCCGGGUGGAGGAGGUGCGGCUACGGGAGCAGGAGGAGCUGAGCAAGCGGGAGGUGGUCGCUGUGGGGCACCUGGAGGUACCAGCAGAGCUGGCCGGGCUCUUGCGAGCAGUGGCAGGCCUCAGGCCGGCCCGGGAGCCCCAGGUGGCCCCCGUGCGGACUCCCCAGCUCCAGGCUGAGCCCCGUGUCACACUGCCCCUGGACAUCAACAAUUACCCCAUGGCCAAGUUUGUCCGGUGCCACUUCAAGGAACCUGCUUUUGGGAUGCUGACGGUACCCCUGAGGAUGCCGCUCACGCGGCUGCCCGUAGAGCUGCACGCGGAAGCUGUGGGCGUCUUCAAGCUGAUCCUGCGUUUCAUGGGCGACCCCCACCUGCACGGUGCCCAGGAAAACAUCUUCGGGAACUACAUUGUGCAGAAAGGGCUGGCAGUGCCCGAACUGCGGGACGAGAUCCUGGCACAGCUGGCCAACCAGGUGUGGCACAACCCCAGUGCCCACAAUGCCGAGCGGGGCUGGCUCUUGCUGGCUGCCUGUCUCAGUGGCUUUGCACCUUCCUCCAGCCUCAGCAAGUACCUGCUCAAGUUUGUGUCUGAUUAUGGGCGGAAUGGCUUCCAGGCUGUGUGUCAACAUCGCCUCAUGCAGGCCAUGGGCCGGGCCCAACAGCAGGGCCCUGGGGCUGCCCGCACCUUCCCUCCAACCCAGCUCGAGUGGAUAGCAACCCAGGAGAAGGCUGCCAUGGCGCUGGAUGUGGGCUGCUUCAACGGUGACCAGUUCUCCUGUCCGGUGCACUCCUGGAGCACAGGGGAAGAGGUGGCUGGAGACAUGCUGAGGCACAGGGGACUGGCAGAUGGCUGGCGGGGCUGGACAGUGGCCAUGAAGAAUGGGGUCCAGUGGGCAGAGCUGGCAGGCCAUGACUACGUGCUGGACCUCGUGUCAGACCUCGAGCUGCUCAGGGACUUCCCGCGACAGAAGUCUUACUUCAUCGUGGGUGCAGAAGGGCCCAUGGCCGGCAGGGGAGGCUCCAGAGUGGUGUUUGGGAACAGCUGGGACUCGGAUGAGGAGACGCCCACUAGGCCCCAGCCCCAGGGGCACAUGCCCAAAGGGGCUGAUUCUGAUGGGUACUGCAGCCACAACGAGGACAGUACAAAUGGGGAGACUGAGGCACAGAGAGGGACAGCAACCCACCAAGACUUGGACAGCCUUCGAGAACCUGUUGUGCCCCACAGGGGACUGGACCACUACCUGGACAGCCUCUUCGACCCCGUGCUGUUCCACGGGGACGCGGACCUAGAGAAGCCAACGGCCAUUGCCUACCGCAUGAAAGGGGGAGGCCAUCCUGGCAGAGGUGGCGGUAGCAGCACCGAAGACUCCCCCAGGAGUCCCCCAGAGCCAAAGCCAAAACCAAUCCCAGGCCUGGACGCUUCCACGCUGGCUCUUCAGCAAGCCUUCAUCCACAAGCAGGCCGUGCUGCUGGCUCGGGAGAUGACCCUGCAGGCCAUGGCGCUCCAGCAGCAGCCCCUGGGGCCCACCCCAAGGCCCUUGCUGCCCGAGAAAGCUCCAGCGCCAGAGGCAUGGCCGAAGUCUGUAGGCACUGGACCCCCAGCCAAACCCGUGCUCCUGCGCCCUGCUCCAAAGCCUUUGGCCCCAGCCCCUCUGGCCAAGGCCCCCAGGCCCCUCACCAAGCCCGUGGCUGCCCCCAUUCUAGCUCUGGACCGGGCUUCUCUAGAAACCACUUUGCCCUGCUCAGAGCUGGUCCGGCACUCACCACUCAACUCGGAACACUUCCCGCAGCCCACGCAGCAGAUCAAGAGCAUCAUCAGGCAGUACCAGCAGCCACCUCGGGGAGGCCAGCCCGGGGCCCGCAGGAAGGACGGUGGAAGGGUGUUCGUGAAGCAGGCAGACCCCCAUGAGGAGGCCCUGAUGAUCCUGAAGGGGCAGAUGAGCCACCCGGCGGUGGCACCUGGCACCCAGGUGCCCAGAGAGGAUGUGGCCCUGGUGAAGCCAGUGACCAGUGCACCGAGGCCAUCUAUGGGGCCCACUCCAGUGCUGCCCUCAAGGUCGCUGGAGCCUGCGGAGGAACCAGUACAGACGCGGCUGCACCGCCUUCUCAGCCCCCACGUCUAUGGCUACCGCGACGCCCCGUGGCGGAUCUUCCUGCGCAAAGAGGUGUUCUACCCCAAGGACAGCUACAGCCACCCUGUGCAGCUGGACCUCCUGUUCCGGCAGAUCCUGCAUGACACGCUCUCCGAGGCCUGCCUGCGCAUCUCCGAGGACGAGAGGCUCAAGAUGAAGGCCCUGUUUGCCCAGAACCAGCUGGACACGCAGAGGCCCCUGGUGACGGAGAGCGUGAAGCGGGCUGUGGUCAGCACCGCACGCGACAGCUGGGAGGUCUACUUCUCUCGCCUCUUCCCCGCCACGGGCAGCGUGGGCACUGGUGUACAGAUGCUAGCUGUGUCCCACACAGGCAUCAAACUCUUGCGGAUGGUCAAGGGCAGCCGAGAGGCCGGUGGGCAGCUGCGGGUCCUGCGCACAUACAGCUUUGCAGAUAUCCUGUUUGUGGCCAUCCCCUCCCAGAACAUGCUAGAGUUCAACUUGGCCAGCGAGAAGGUCAUCCUCUUCUCAGCCCGGGCUCACCAGGUCAAGACUCUGGUGGACGACUUCAUCCUGGAGUUGAAGAAGGACUCAGACUACGUGGUCGCCGUGAGGAAUUUCCUGCCUGAAGACCCGGCACUGCUGGCCUUCCACAAGGGCGAUAUCAUCCACCUGCAGCCCAUGGAGCCACCUCGAAUGGGCUACAGUGCUGGCUGUGUUGUCCGCAAGAAGGUCGUAUACCUGGAGGAGCUGCGGCGCAGAGGCCCCGACUUCGGUUGGAGGUUCGGGACCAUCCAUGGGCGUGUGGGCCGCUUUCCCUCUGAGCUGGUGCAACCCGCGGCCGCCCCUGACUUCCUGCAGCUGCCCACAGAGCCGGGCCGGGGCCGGGCCGCUGCUGUGGCCGCUGCUGUGGCCUCCACCACUGCUGCACGGGAGGUGGGCCGCAGGAGGGAGGGUCCCCCAGUAAGGGCUGGCUCCACUGACCGUGGGGAGGAUGGCCUGGCUCUCCCACCAUACACAAUGCUCGAGUUUGCCCAGAAGUACUUCCGAGACCCUCAGAGGAGACCCCAGGAUGGCCUCAGGCUGAAACCCAAGGAGGGACGGGAGUCCAGAACCUUGGAGGACAUGCUCUGCUUCACCAAGACCCCACUGCAGGAGUCCCUCAUCGACCUCAGCGACAGCAGCCUCAACCAGAUGGCCACAGACAUGUUCCUAGCUGUGAUGCGGUUCAUGGGGGAUGCCCCAGCGAAGGGCCAGAGUGAACUGGAUGUGCUUUGCGCCCUCCUGAAGCUGUGCGGAGACCAUGAGGUCAUGCGGGAUGAGUGUUACUGCCAAGUUGUGAAGCAGAUCACAGACAAUACCAGCACCAAGCAGGACAGUUGCCAGCGAGGCUGGAGGCUGCUAUACAUUGUGGCCGCCUACCAUAGCUGCUCUGAGGUCCUCCAGCCACACCUCGUUCGCUUCCUCCAAGAUGUGAGCCGGACCCCAGGCCUGCCCUUCCAGGGGAUUGCCAAGGCCUGUGAGCAGAACCUGCAGAAAACCUUGCGCUUUGGCGGCCGUCUGGAACUCCCCAGCAGCAUGGAGCUUCGGGCCAUGUUGGCGGGCCGCAGUUCCAAGAGGCAGCUCUUUCUUCUCCCCGGAGGCCUCGAACGCCAUCUCAAAAUCAAGACGUGCACUGUGGCCCUGGAUGUGGUGGAGGAAAUCUGUGCUGAGAUGGCUCUGACGCGCCCUGAGGCCUUUGACGAGUAUGUCAUCUUUGUUGUCACUAACCGAGGCCAGCACGUGUGCCCGCUCAGCCGCCGUGCCUACAUCCUGGACGUGGCCUCAGAGAUGGAGCACGUGGACGGUGGCUACAUGCUCUGGUUCCGGCGUGUGCUCUGGGAUCAGCCACUCAAGUUCGAGAACGAGCUAUACGUGACCAUGCACUAUAACCAGGUCCUGCCCGACUACCUGAAAGGCCUCUUCAGCAGCGUGCCGGCCAGCCGGCCCAGCGAGCAGCAGCUUCAGCAGGCGUCCAAGCUGGCUUCGCUGCAGCACCGGGCCAAGGGCCACCUCUACCUGCCCAGCGUGCGGGAGGUCCAGGAGUACAUUCCGGCCCAGCUCUACUGCACCACGGCCGGCUCGGCUUGGCUCAACCUGGUCAGCCAGCACCGGCAGCAGACCCAGGCACUCAGCCCCCACCAGGCCCGCACCCAGUUUCUGGGCCUCCUCAGCGCCUUGCCCAUGUUCGGCUCUUCCUUCUUCUUCGUCCAGAGCUGCAGCAGCGUUGCUGUGCCGGCCCCCUGCAUCCUGGCUGUCAACCAGAAUGGCCUAAACUUCCUCAGCACGGAGACCCAUGAGCUGAUGGUCAAGUUCCCCCUGAAGGAGAUCCAGUCGACGCGGACCCAGCGGCCCACAGCCAGCUCCAGCUACCCCUAUGUGGAGAUCACACUGGGGGACGUGGCAGCCCAGCGCACCAUGCAGCUGCAGCUGGAGCAGGGACUGGAGUUGUGUCGUGUGGUGGCUGUGCAUGUGGAGAGCCUGCUCAAUGCCCGGGAGAGGCGGCUCACGCUGCCCCCCAGUGAGAUCACGUUGCUCUGACCCAGCCCCCGCCCUCUGGCUGCCCUCUGCCAGAAGGCUUGCUGUAUGCCUCCAGGGGAGUUACUGGGCCUCUCUGGGCCAGUAACCCCUGUAACAGGCCAGAACACUGCGGACACCAAGAGGAGAAAGGAGGAGAACCCAAGUCCCCAGAACUCAGGAAGACCGAUCCAGAGUUGGGAUGGAAUUGGAGCCUGGAAACUUGGGUCAGAUAGCAAGAGGAACUUCCAAAGCCUGGUCAGUGGGGCCUCCUGACAUGUCCCCCUGUGGGCCCUGCCCCUAACUUCCACUUGUGGCAGGGAAGCCCCACACCAGGGCCUGGACGAGCUGGAAUUUGCCUGUGGUGCAUCCGGGUCUGACACUCAGAUCUGCUCCAGCUCCACAUCCUGGCCCCUCAUGUGUCCUCCGUGGGGGCCCCUGCAGUGCUGCUCAGCUUGGAUUUGGGACCCUUGGUCAUUUCUGUGCAGCUAAAAGGUGCGGCUGGCAGCCAUUCUUCCAUGGAGUUGCUGAGUGGCUGGAAAACAAGCUGGAGGGAGGAGGCAGGAGUUGGAAGUCUGGUUGUACCCCUGGGCACUGCCCAUGAACAGAGCUUCCAGUAGACAUCUGUUCUUACCUCUCCCUGCAUACUCCUGUGCCCCCACUCCACACUCCUUAGGUAGCUCCAAUCCUAGUCCCCCAUCACUGUCCGGGCCACACAAGGUUCGAGAGUGGCACGGUGGAGGAAGAGAGAAUUUUUGUGUUACGGGCUGGGGAGGGAGAAGUCUGGGAAACAGCUUCCCAGAGAGUGGGACAUUGGAGUUGGGUUUUGAAGGAUGAGUAGGAGUUUGCUAGGAAUAGAUGGAAAUGUUUCUCCAAACAGAGAAAAUGAUAUUUUUUCCCUAGAACAGUGUUUAACACAAAGUAAGCAUUUAAGAAAUAUUCGUCACAUGA